CAGAGGGCGUGGCCAAUCAUUCACCACUUCCCAUAAGGAGGGUGACGUCACAUUUUCCUCUCCUGAGUAAAAAUAGAAGUUGUAAUAUUUAGGCUUAUGAAACUGAUUUUAAGAUUUUUAAAAUAAAGAUAAAUAAAUAGCCAUGAAAUUAAUUCCCUUACCAUAACUUUAAAGACAGUGAAGCUACAAAUAAUUAGUCCAUGUUCCAAUCUUGUGUCUAAUUAUUCAUGUAUGGAGCAUUUUAGUAUUAAAACCUUUUAUAAAAUUGAAUUAAACUUGAACUGGAUGUAAUAUUUAAUGUAAUAUUCAGACAUUUUGUAAAGCGGAUUUGUAGUAGUGUAGUGCUUACUACAGAAGUAUUAACAACACAAUGCACUGAAAGUGUUAAAAGUAAAAUGUUACUUAAGUUUACACUAUUGAAUCCUUAUUAUUGAUGCAUUCACAUGGAAGCAGUUCUUGAAAGUUGUUAUUUUAGCGAAUUUCCCAAGUGUGGCAUCAAUAAAGUCUUCCCUAUAUUACUUAUCUUGGUUCGUAUGGAGCUAAUUUUAAUUUAUUUAUUAUACUGCUGGGUGGUUUUAUCUGUAAUAAUGACUGGAAACUAACCAACUAUAGCUGUGAUGUGGUUAAUGUUAAUGUUGUGGUGUGUGAAUGGUGAAUGUGGCGGAGUAAAAAGUACAAUAUACUGUAUUUAUGUAAGAAUGAAGUAGCAUAACAUUUAAAUACUGAAGAAAAGCUGCGACUCCAACAUCCACUGAACCAGAAAACUAUUUAUUAUUUAUUUUUCCAUUGUUGAAAUUCAAUUUCUUUUCUAAAAACUCUAAUACAUCUACCUGUGCUGUGCAUACUGCAUAUACUGUCUAUACAGUCAUAUCCACCUACCUCAUAUACAUAAAGAAACCUGCACGUAAAUAUUUAUUUCAGCAUCCUUUGCACUGUUGUCUACCGUCUACAAAUGUUAUUGUUUUUGUUUGUUUACAUAUAUUUAUAACUGUACAUAGUAGUUUAUGUGUAUUUUGUUAAGCUUGUUGUCCUGUUUAUUUAUGCUGUUAGUCUGUGUUUGUACAUUGAGAGCAACAUAAAACCAGAGUCAAAUUCCUUGUAUGUGUGCACAUACCUGGCCAAUAGCAGCGAUUCUGACCACAAACUUGCAGCCUACUUACUUAGACUAUGGUACUUGAGUACUUCCCACCACUGCUAAUUACUAGAGUAACACUUCUGCUCACUGACACAAGUUUAAAAUAAAACACAGUAAUGCUGUAGUGUACUUGUUUUCUGCAUUCACAGGUUUCCCUAACUUGCUAAAACACCACUACCUCAGUUUUCCAAUUUAACAUGAAUGCAUCAUGAGUGUUUACUUUCAAUGUGAAGAAUCUCGCAACCUGAUUGGUCGAGCGUGAUUCGACGCGGGAAAACCGUGGCACGACUCUCAAAGUGUCACCGUCAAAUUCACUUGAGACUCCUGAAGCACAUCACUUUCCCCUCAAAGUCUCUGUUAUAUAUAGAAACGGUAAAAAUGUUUUACUACCCAAAUGUCCUCCAACGUCAUUCUGGAUGUUUUUCCACAAUUUGGUUAGCUGCCACCAGAGGUAUCAGGGUGACUCGCAGAGAGCUUCUCAAAGUCAAUGUCAAGCGAACAUGCGGGGACAUUGUGGACUAUGUGACAGCUCAGGUUCCUCCACCGCAGUCCGACCUACCGAAGCCUCGGUUCUCUCUCUACCUGUCGUCCCAGCUGCAGUAUGGAGUGGUUGUAGUCUACCACAGGCAGUGUGGCUUCCUGCUUGAGGAGGUUCAACAGACCAUUGACCGCCUGCUGCGCUCUAAAAGAUGCAUACGUAUUGACAUGGCUGAGUGUGACAGGCUGGCCUUGGAUGUGCCUGACAACCUGUACAAUAUGGAGGAGGCUGAGGGAGCUCAGGACCCAUUCUUCGGUCUCAUGGAAUCACAUCAACUUCCCAGCCCCUAUAAAAUACACCAGUCAGUGUUGGUGAUUGAAGAGGCAGGUUCACAGCACUCCCUGGUGCCCAGUCCCCACACCACACUCGACAAAGAGGGUUUCAGGUCACCUCCAGCUGCCAUCACCCUGAGAGAGAAGGAGCUCAUCACCACUGCUGAGCAUCAUUUUGAGGGAGAUGACCUUCCUGAAGCCACAGCCAGAGAGAUUGACUUAUUGAUGGAUCAACCAGACCAGUUCCGUGGAGAAGUGGAGGAGCAGAUCACAGAGGGGAGGACCAGGAAACUUGAAGGAGCCAUGUCCUCUAUUGACCGGCUGAAGGAGACCGUGCUAGGAGCACAGCAGGACAGUGUGUGGCUGCUAGACGAAGAGUCAGGUCUGCCCGUGGAGGUGCCUCUGGCAGCUGUUGCCCUAGAGAUGACCCCACUGCAGGUUUCCAUGCCAACUACACCCUCUGGGGCAUCUGGGAAAAAGGGGGACAGAGCCACAGAAAGUCCCUGUGAAGAGGGGAUUGUCGUUCCUCUUAGGAAGACCCGUGGAGGUCGCGGGCGUCAACUGGUCUUUGCAGACCCUGAGGUCCAGAUAUCUGACAAAGCAAUGGGGGAACAGAUCCGAAACCCGCUGGCUGAGACACUGGACAUGUCUCAGGUGUUGCUGGACUUGCCCUCCUUGACUAAGCGUGCCACUCCUGCUCAGCUCUUCAGCGCCCCCUGUGGAUGCCUCCUCCAUGCUGACCUCCAGUCACUAUGGAAACAGAGGGCCUUGCUCACUGUCCUGUCUGGAAAUGGGGAAAAAGGGGAGGAGGAAGAAGAAGAAGAGGAGGCGGCGAGAGGGGAGUCAGAGCAGGACAGAGAGAUACUGAGGGCAGAGAGGAAGAGGAGGCACUCAAGCAUGAGAGAGAUAUCCAGUGAGUCAGGACUGCAACCCGCAGAGGGCUCAUCUGCAUUGGACAUUAUCCUGGACAUGUCCAAAGAGGACAAAUCUGUGAGCGAUGUGAUCACUCCUGUAAGCAGAUGGUCUCCACAAGAGGAGGCCCAACUAUCCAUGGAGCCAAUAGCAGAGGAGACCAUUGAGAUGCCCGAGGCUCAGACUGACGCAGUAAGCAAGGACAUGCUGAGCUGGGUCUCCUCCAGCCUGCAGAGGUUUGGAGAAGCCAGCUUUGGCUCUCUGGUGCCCCCAGAAGCCAACCGCACCACUGUAGCUCACACACUCUACAAACUGCUGGAGCUGCUGUCUGCUGGACGUGUGAGUGUGCGACAGACUGAACCCUACAGUGUCAUCAGCAUAACCCCUGCAGCGCUCAGGAUGACAGCCUGAACAUACACACAUAUACACACAUACACUUACUCACACUAUAGAGCUGCAGAGGUACAGCUCUUUUUAUUGACGGAUAUAAUGGUUGAAUUUGAUCCUAUGGCUCUUUUAGUAACACAUGGGGUCAUCAGAUCUCACAGGUCAAAGGUUUUAUAUGAUAUGGAUUAAAUUAGUGCCCAGUGUUUGAAAGAAUGUUUUUUAAAAGAAGAUUUUUAGCCUUUUUAAUCUGGUUCAAAUUUCUUCCUAUUGUUGUAUUUUUAAAUAUUUAUUAAUUUCACAUAGUUAUUUAAGUUGUAAACAUCUGGAUCCAGUAGUUUUGGUUAUACAGUUUAUAUCUUCUGUGAUGAUUUUAGAGCUUUUUAUAGACUUUGUAUCAGCAGUGUGUUUUUAUAUCCCUUUUAAUAAAGUGUUUUACUCAAUAGAACCGCAUAUUAUCUCUAAUUACUCAAUACAAUACAUAACAUUAACAUACUCAGACCUGAUAAACUUUGUAUAACACAUUAACAAAUAUUAACUUAUAAAUAUCUUAACAGUACACUGAAAACCCAGAAUAUUUACACACAACAUGAAGCUUAAAGUUUGUUCUGGUCCAAAAAGAAAAAAAACAGCAGCCAACAAAUCCAACAGUUCUUUUAAAUAUUCUGAUUUGAGCUCAUGGUGCAGAGAAAGGUAUGACCAGAAAGCACUUCCCUCACUCCAACAGGAGUCCACAUUGUGCCUCGCUGGCUGAAAACUCCUGUCUGACCUCAUGCUUCAAUAA